AUGAAAACUAACUCAAACUAUGAUGAAAAAAAAGAUCAGAAAGAAUGGGACACAGGAGACUUUGAAUUCGGCAAACCUCUCGGGAAAGGGAGAUUUGGAGCAGUCUACUUGGCCAGAGAGAAAAAGACCCACUUCAUCUUGGCUUUAAAAGUCAUGUUCAAGUCUGUCUUGGAGAAAGCUCAGCUGGAACAUCAGCUUCGAAGAGAGAUAGAAAUCCUAAGUCACCUCAGACAUCCAAACAUUUUAAGAAUGUAUAACUACUUUCAUGAUCGGACACGGAUUUUUCUGAUGCUGGAAUAUGCUCCAGGGGGAGAGCUGUACAAGGAGUUACAAAAAAACCAACGAUUUGACGACAAUAGAACAGCCACUUACAUUGAAGAAAUAUCUGAUGCUCUGAUGUACUGCCAUGCUCGGAAAGUGAUCCACAGAGAUAUCAAGCCUGAAAAUCUCCUUUUAGGAUUAAGAGGGGAGCUGAAGUUGGCAGAUUUUGGAUGGUCAGUGCAUACUCCUUCACUAAGGAGGACAACACUAUGCGGCACCCCAGAUUAUCUUGCUCCAGAAAUGAUAGAGGGGAGUCCCCAUGAUGAAAAUGUUGAUGUGUGGUGUGUUGGCAUUCUUUGUUAUGAGUGUCUUGCAGGAUUUGCACCUUUUGAAGCACCCACUCGCAUGGAGACAUUCAGACGAAUAAAGGAGGUGAAUUUCAAAUUUCCUCCUUGGAUAUCAGAGGGAGCCAAGGAUCUAAUUGCUAAAGUCCUUAACCGUACACCUUCUCUCAGACUUUCUCUUGAAGGAAUAAUGGAGCACCCAUGGGUUAAGACAAAGUCAAGAAGAAUUUUGCCACCUGUCUACAGUGAAGUAGAAAAGCAAAUGUUUAUGGCAUCUCCUAAAGGCUCUUAGCUCAUUUUCUUCGCAAAUCUCUCUUGUAUCUCUUUAGAUGACUUGCUGUUAGAUGACUUGCUGUUUGCUGUAAUAGACAGCUGUUGAAUCACUAUUGUAAAUGUCUUUCUCACAUUCUUAUUUAAAUGACUUCUUGCUACUAAUGGCAAUAAUAUUGCAUAUUAACUGGAUUUGUAAAAUGAGGGUAUUAGUCAUUAAUGUAAUAAAGAAAACAAAUGUAUUCUUUUAAAAAUAAAACAUGACUCACAAGGCAAUAGCAAUUGGACAGAUGGUAUAGA